UGUAAACGUACUCAGAUGCAGAGGCGGCAAUUGAAAAUUCUCUUAUUAUUGUGUAACAUAUCAGUGGGACAUAAAAGGCGUGUGCACGCCUUAGGCACGUGAUUUCAGGGGAUUCCCAUUCGCCUUCUGGGUUUUCCCGUAACACAUUACCAAGAAGACGCAAGUGUCGCAGCUCAGUAAAACAUACCCAGUCCAACACACACAAAAUUUCAAGAUGACUCACCGCAUAAAAAUAUGGUCUAACCUCCUCCUGGUCAUUUUGCUGAUAGCGUCGUCAGGGCGACCUAUCUCUGGCCAGGAUGGCGGACAGUGCGGUGUGGACCGCUACUAUGACCGGUUCACCCGAAAUUGCGAGCCCUGCAGGCUGCUCUGCGAACAGGCCAGGGGCACGAUGGACGAAUGUCGGGAAAAGUGUCCAGACUAUUUGGCAAAACAGCAGACGACCCGGGCUGAACAGACGACCACCCCGGCACCCCGUCAUGGGGAACACCACCGUGGUGAAGACGCCGACGCUGGCAAAAUCACACUGUCUCACCACGAGGUGAUGCUGGGAUUCCUCAUCAUGGCGGCUGUGCCUCUGGUUCUGGUGGCCGCCAUUGUUGUGCUGGCGCGCGGGCUUUGUCGUCUGAACGGGCGGCCACAGACCAGGGGCGGGGACACCGAGAAGGCGAUGAUCUCUCUCACCUCGUCUCUGCAAGACGGCAGACUGAAGCGGGAUACUCCUGACGGAGAUGACGACAACCGUACGGCUCCCGGCACCCCCGUGCAGACCCUGGCCCGUCACCACUCCCGUGAUGCCUUGUGUGCGGACACCGCUCUCCGCCACCAACAGGCACACGACGAGGGACGCGCAAGUCCCGGGGAACAGUCCGUCUAAAACAGCGGAUUUCUUAUGAUGACCAUCUUGGUCUUGAAACGUAGUCUAAUUUAAGGCUACAUACAUACUGAAAAGAUAUUCACAGAGCUGGCAUUACUUACAAGCAUCUAUAUGAUAUUUUGUGUGAGUGGUAGUGUGGUAUUGUUCCUAAAGCAAAUACAUUCAACAUAUAACGUUACAUGUAUUUCCCAAUUAUCCUGAGCAUGUAGCGUUAACGUCGUAAUUAUUAAUUGCAUGGCUAAUACAGUGUAACAUAAUAAAGUACAGUGACUCGGCCUUGUAAUAGGGAGCUACAUGUACUAGCGUUUGGUAGAAGAAAGACUGUAAUAUGUUACGUGGUUUUCUCUCCUGUGUGUUUUGCGAUACCGGGGACUAUACUUUCCGU